GAUAUGAACCCUGGGGACUAACGCCACACCCAUCUGUUUGACUGUCCUCCAGCACACUUUCUGCCGUUUCUUCUUCCUAAAGAUCAGAAGAGCUGCAGCCUGGGAACUUAUUAAAUUAGGCUGAAGUCAACAUGGACGUUUUCACUACCCCAUCUCCUGCAACUCAAACAGCAACAGAAACCUUCCCAACAUUUUCCGACCUGGUGACGAGGAUUGGGAAGAAAGACAUCUACAGCAGCACUGAAGAUUUAGCAGCUCUUAUUGGAGGAAUCAUCACCGGGGUGCUGCUGGUCUUUCUCUGCAUUAUCACAGUUCUGCUCUGGUGUCUGUCUAGACAGAAAGGCUCAUAUGUGACCAAUGAGACAGAUGACGAUGAUGACGUUGACAACAACGAUGACGAGUCUGUUGGUUCUGACGUGGCGCUCCAAGCUAAAGAACCUCUGAAUGCCAACAAAGAGGACUGAAUCCUGCAGAUGGAGGACUUUUGUCAACGUCUGAAACUAGAAAAAUGUGGAAAAGCUACAUUUUUAAGUUGUUGUUGUGGGGGAGGGGCUGUUUUCCAUUGUGUCUGUUUGAUUUGCAAAAAGAAUGUAGAAUAGGAGGUUCUUUGUUGACAUCUUUCUUCAUCUUUGUGGCUGGGUGGAAAAAACAAGCUGCUCUCAGUAUGCGACAUACACUUUUAAGAGAGUUUAUGGACAAAAUCCCAGAUAUUUAAACACUUCAACGUCUAAAGACAAGAGGGGGUUUAGACAGAAGCCUAAAAUCUGUAUUGAAGAGAAAAUUAACGUUUUUAAAGCCCAUAUGAGUUCUGGGAUGACGGAAAACGUCUGUCCGAUUCACCAGAGUUUUUUUUUUUUUUUUUACAAAUCUGCUAGGGAGACAUUUAUUCCUAAUCAACAGAAAGCCCUGGAGCCUUCACCCAUGAAACAUUAAAGACUUCCAAACAUCUGGAAA